CGCAGGUCUCUGUAUCUAUGAUAUCAAACUCUUUGAAAAAUAAACAAAUCUAAAUUUUAUAAAUAAAGUAAAAUAAUAGUAAUUCAAUAUAAAAAUAUUAAUUUAGUAUAUUUUUUUUAAAAUGACAACUCUUCAACAUUCCUCAGCCAAUCAAAAUAAUAGAAAAUCUAAUAGAAAAGCAACAAAAAGUUAUUGCAACUUGAAUAGAAAAUGUGGAGAAAUAAAAUUCUGCACGCAAAUGGACAAAAGAGUAUACACUCUAAAUUGUUUGUAUUGUCCUCAAAUUUGUUUACAAUUGGACAUAUUCAUCAAUCAUAUGGAACAGGAACAUGAUGUAGAUUUAAUAAAUUCCCUGCAAAUGGAUAAGGAAGAAAAUGAAUUACAAAUGUACGACAUGCAGGAUGAUGAUAUUUCGGAGGAUUUACAAGAAAAUGAAACCACAACUUUUAGUAAAGAGCCCGAGGAAUCGAAUCAAUUUUCAUUUAAUGAUCCAUUAGAAGAUGGUACUACCACAAGUGCAUUGUCUUUCGAAUGUUCUAUCAAGAAUGAGAAAAUAGAUUACGGCACACCAAAUCAAAGUAUUGUUGAUGAUAAUAUGGUUAAUUUUAUAUGUAAAACUGAAAUUCAUGUAGAUGAUGAAGAGGAAAACAAGUAUCCAAAAACUAAUAGAUACCAAUAUGGAGAAAACUUAAGGCCACAGGACAAUUCAAAUAGAACUCAAUGUUGUAAAGUAUGGAAAAUGCUGUGUGAUGCAAAAUUUAAACAAUUACCAGAAUCCAUUAAACAACUAAAAAGUUCUGUUGACGAGUUGACAGCAAAUACAGUAAAUACUGCACAAAGAAAUGUUGCAAUAAUGGAAACACUUAACUCGCAAAAAGACUUACUGGGAAAUGAUAAAAUUGAGGCAAAUAUUAGAAAAAUCUUUCCAAUUCAAACUACCAAUGAGUUAGAAGACUGUAAUGCCAAAAUAAAUGAUACAAAUCGUGCUGCUUAUACUCGUUGUAUAUCAUUUCUGCUUAAAGGACAACUUCAUAAAUCGCUUACCGAAAUUUUUUCAGUUAAUUUAAUUGUUGCAUCGAAUAUUGAUGGAAUACAUGGUAAAGUUGCACUUAAAAGUUUUAAAAGACUUUAUGAUAUUUUAAUGGAUUCAAUUCGUGCUAACGGUGAAGAAAAUCCUGAAAAAGAGAUUAGACAUGCUUUUAAAUUAGUUAAAAAACGUCAUUUUCAAGCAAUGUGCUUAAACAAAAAGAAAGAAUCUUCACUAAUUAAUAAUUAAAAAAGUAAUGCUUUUAAUAAUAGAUAAUUUUAGAAUUAAAAACUUUUAUUUAUUAAGCUUGAUUUUAUUUAAAAUAUAAAAUAGUUAUAAGACCUUUAUAUUAUUAUAAUC